AUUUCAAGCUACUCAUAACUUGAGCCCUAACCGACGCUACUUCCAAAUCUAUAUAAGCCAAUGCCAAUAAAUUAAUACCACUCGUCGACCCAAAUAAAUACACUGUGACGAAACCCAACGGUUACAUCGUCAUCAUAUGAAAUAUAGUAAUAUACCUCUCUUCGUCUUCGUCUUCUUCUUCUUCUUCCUCCUCAGCUCUCACUGAAAUAAGCUCAGUGUGUCUGUACUAAUGGAAAAGAAUCCUCAUGCACUGCUUCUACUCCUUUUUCUACUUCUCCUCAAUCUCUCUCUUCCUUCGCUGCAACAGAAGCUCGACGCCCUCGAUCUCCGCGCCCUUGUUUCCAUCAAGAACUCUCUCACCGACGUCCCCUCCCGCCGCUCACGCGCCGGCUUCUUCUCCACGUGGGACUUCGCAUCAUCAGAUCCCUGCUCCUCAUUCUCCGGCAUUACAUGCUCCUCCCUCGGCCGUGUCACCACUCUCACACUCGGCACCGGCCUCGCCGGCUCCCUCCCUCCCGCAGUCUCCGACCUCGCCGAGUUGACUCAGCUCAUUCUCUACCCUGGAAUCGUCACCGGUCCGAUACCAACCCAGCUCGGCCGGCUCGUCAACCUCCGAGUUAUUUCCCUGACCAACAACCGCCUCACCGGUCAGAUUCCCUCCACGCUCUCUCUCCUCACCAAACUCCACACUCUCGAUCUCAGCUACAACCACCUCACCGGCUCAGUCCCGCCGGGUCUCACCCGCCUCCCAAUGCUCAAGGUUCUCAUUCUCUCCUCCAACGACAUUUCCGGCGACAUUCCCUCCGUCCUAUCCCAACUCCUCCAUCUUGACUUCAGUCGCAACAGACUCACCGGCCACCUCCCGCAACCGCUCCCUUCCACUCUCCGCUACGUCUCCCUCGCCGAGAACGACCUAGCGGGGCCCAUCUCCGGCUUCUUCGACUCGAUCUCCGACUUGGUGCACCUCGACCUCAGCAUGAACCGUUUCAGCGGGGCCCUCCCGGCGUCGCUGUUCCGUACUUCACUCCCUUCGCUACUGCUGCAACGGAACAAUCUCUCCGGGUGGGUCCCUUCGGUGGUCCCGGAGGAUCAGCCAUCGUACGGCGAGGGAUCGAUCGUGGACUUGAGCCACAACUCGCUCACGGGAGAGCUGUCGCCGAUUUUGGCAAGCGUGGAGAGCCUGUAUUUGAAUAACAACCGUCUGAUCAGGAAGGUUCCGAGGGAGUACGUUAAGAGCGUGGACGUGGGCACCACCAGAACAUUGUACUUGCAACACAAUUACCUAUCCGGGUUUCCGGUGCAGCCAGGGUGGGUAUUGCCGGACACGGUGUCGUUGUGCUUGAGUUACAACUGCAUGGUGCCGCCGGUGGGACUGGCGGCUUGCCCGACCAGCGCAGGCACCGAGCUGUCCCGGCCGGCGUCGCAGUGUACGGUGUUUAAUUACGGCUAGCUACAUUAGUAUACUAAUAUGGGGAAUUGGUCAUACAUAUUCGGAAACUUAUUUAAUGAGCAUGAGCUGCUACAAUAUAUUAAGAAAGUUUGUACAACAUAACAUAAUCAUUUAUCCAACCACUUUAUAUCUUGUAU